CAUGUCAGAGGAGGUGUGGUGAAGGAGGGAGGGCAGAUUUCAUGUGUGCACUAUAUUAGAGAACAGAGCCACCACGAGCUGCACUGGACUAAAGGGUUUCAUCCCAGGACAUCUUGUGAAAUACUGAAUGUGAGCAGCGAUCCAGACAACAAGAACAACCAUGAAGUUCCAAGCUCUUUUCUUUCUUAUGGUCUUCAGCUGCAUGAACCUGAAUCUUGCACAAGGUGAGUGGAACAGAACAGGCUCAUUUGGUAACUGCUGCCUCGGCUACGUUCCUAGGAUGCACGCAAAAGUGAAGGCAAACGUAGAAAGUUACAUUGAGCAAAAAACAGAUGGCCAAUGCAACCUCCCUGCUAUUGUGUUUUUGAUAAAGAGGAAGCCGUCACAUACAAAACAACAUACUCGCUGUGCCAACCAAGAACACAUCUGGGUCCAGGAUCUGAUGAGGGCUGUGGAUGCGAGAAAUAAGAAGACCACUUAAAGGAGAGACGAAUGGGAGAGAGGAGAGCAGAUGUUUCACCUCCCUGCCAGGCAUCAUAUAUCACCUUUAACCACAUGGAUUAUGUUUCAGUAGGUAUUUCCUGUGCUGACAGAGAAUGUAAAUGUACACAGUUCACUAUAACAUGAAUAUAUCCUCAAUGUUAUUGCCAAUAUAGUAAAAUCCUUUUAUAUGAGCCACUGCUAUGAUUCUGUUCACUUCUUUGUGAUAAUGUAGCACCUGCUAGGAAUGAGCCACUGUUUGGCAGCUUAGAAAUGUAUUUGCAAGAGUGUGUUGGUACGCAUCUGUAGAAGUGUGUGUGAUGUAUAUAUUAAAAAAAGGCCGUUCUCACUCCCAGGGCGUCAAAUACAGAUGCUUUGUCACGGCCCUCUGCGUGUGAUAGCGACGCACAAGGCACUCUGUAGCUUCUGUAUGAGACGCACCGGGCUUUCAAGUAACUACAAUGUAAACCCAUCCGCGGCAAUAUUAAAUGCUCAGAGAAAGCGGUCAGGGAGUGUAGUGACGUAGCUUAAAGAGUGACACAUAGGGCAAGUGGGACGGGAGGUGGAUGAAUCCAACAAACACAGGGCUUUCCUAUUACAACAUAUUAUCAAAUUGGGGGUCUAAUUAGUGUCAGUUUAGGGGUCCUUGACAUGAAGAAGUUUGGGAACCACGGCCUUAGAAAGCGAUGCCAAGGGGUCCUGACAAAGCAUCUGUAUGUGAUGAGAUGGGAUGAGAACAUGUUGGUAAAAACCACUUGUGGGAUACGCUGAAAGUUUUUCAUAUAACAGAUUUCCAUAUUUUUGUAUCAUCAUUAUAAAUGUACUUUGUCUUUGUCUUUCUGUAUCAAAUAAAGAGGGAAUACAAACCAGA